GCCCACUCCGCGCAGUGGCUGCCAGCGGCCCCCGCGAUCCGACCGUUCCCGCGACCGCCGCGUGUUGCGAUGAAGCAACACGAAGAACCAGUUGUAAGCACGUAUAAUGCUAAAGUUACCCAAAGGCCUUAAAAAGAAGAAAAAAGGGAAAAAGUCUAAACGAAAAGGUGAAGAGGAACUUUUCACCGAAGAAGAAUUAGAAAAAUAUAGAAGAGAACAUCAGCAACAGCAAUCCGAAACAGGAGAAGGUUCUGUCAAAGAGAAUGAAGAGUGGUCUAAGUUUAAGGAUUUAACAACUGGUGUCGAUUCUGUGCUUAAAAAAACACAAGGUGAUUUAGAUCGGAUAAAGUCGACCUCAUUCUUUCAACGUAUACCCGCGGGAGCUAAGAAGGCUGAGAAGCCAGAAAGGCCAGCUCCUCACCGACCUGUGGUAGAGGUCACAGAGGCAGACUUCCCUCAACUGGUGCAAGCCGCGGCUGCAGCGGCGGACGACGAGGACAAGAGCGAGUACGGCGUCACCGACGACGAGUCCGAAGAAGACGACCAGGACGACAUAUUCGACACAUCUUAUGUGGAAGCAGUUGAACGAGGCGAAGUAAAACUAGCUUAUGUUCCAGACUCUCCAGACGAACCACAGGACGACGACAUAUUUGAUACCUCUCAUGUUGAUGCUUUAAUCAAAGGUCAGGAAGUAAGAAACGUCAAAGGAAAGAAAGCUCUAGAUAUCGGCGUAGCAGUUGAAGUUCUUACUGGAAGAAUCGAUAAUGUGAAAAUAACAACAAAAAGACCAACCAAGAGAGUUAUUCCAGGAGAUUUGUUACUUGAAAAUACUGAACAGGAUUAUUCAACAGUUACUGUGCAAGCUGUUGCUGAACCUGCAGAGCAAAGCAUUCUAGAUAUUGAUGCUGACCUUCCCAUUACAACUCCAAUCGACUUGAGCGUUUCUCUGCACACUUCAUUGAUACAGCAAAACAAAUCGGAUGACAAAGAAGAUAUUUUUGCAUCUGAUUCAAAUAAUAAAAAUGCAAACGAAGAAGAUGAAUUAGACGAAUUCGCUUUAUUAGCUGCGGAGUCAUUGGAAGUGAGUGGAGAAGUUACAAAAUUGAAAAACAAAGAAAUUAAAGUUGAACCAGUACUACAAGAAUCUUGGUCUGCAUUUGAAGCAGAUAAAAAUGAAUCAGUAUAUGCAGAAUGCAUUAUUGAGGAUGAGAUUGAUGUUAUUGACCCUUAUGUAGAUCAAGACGAUCCAUUUGACACGAGUUUUGCUGAUGCUGUUAUCCCUGUGAAUCUGUCGCAACAAGUGCAGAAAGAAGCUGUCAUUUUAGAAGACGACGACGACUUUGAUCCACGUGCAGAAGAAAAUCGUGCAAGACUAAAUAAUAGACGAAAAUCGUCUGUACGUAUUCACCUGACAGAUCCUUCUGGACUGAGGGAAUCAAUUACAUCAGAUGACAUUAUAGAAAACAAAGGAGAUACGUCACUAUCUCGCGAUUUAUUAGGUGGCAGCUCCACUGACUUAACACAGCUCGGUGAUUCGCCACUCGAUCCCGUAGAUAUUAACAAUCCAGGAGAUAUCGACCCUUUCGACACGACUAUUGUUGACAAAAUUGUUGCACCAGGCAGAGUUGAAUUAAAACUUUUGGAACAAGAAUUAAUUGGAUCUACUACAACUCCAAUCUAUAGAGUUCCCAGUGACCCUGACUUUGAUCCUCGAGCUGACGAGCCAAUAAAAUCUGAGCGAAGAGCUUCUCGGCCGGAAAAUCUUACUUAUAGUAAAAGUGUGGUAUUUAAUGUUGACUCCACGGAGACGCUUAGCUUAGACCCAAAAACAAAAUCUGCAGCUAAACCUUUGACGCCAUAUUAUACGCGGGAGAUCUCAAUAACUGAAGAUAUUAAUGAAGAAUUAGAGGCAGCAGAUACUGUGGGUGAUAUACUUCCAAGAACUCGCUCGGACGAAGAUAUAGCACCAAAACAAAGUUACCAAAAUAAGAGACGUCAUUCAGAAUAUCCUCAAUCAGAUCAUACGAAAGUUACUAUCAAAGCGAGUGACUUAUUGCACAGUGGACAAAACGAUAUACCCGUGAAGGUAUUAACUCCUUCAGGACCUCAAGAACCUAUUUCUGAAGAUACUGAAAUAGACCCAUUCGAUACCUCCUUUGCGAGUAACAUAGCACCGUGUAAAACGGAGUUAAAGUUACUUGCAAAAGAAUUUUCGUGUGAAGAAAAUUCAGGUCAAUUUAAUAUUGAAGGAAAACCAGAUUUAUUAGACCCGUCUGACGACAUAUUUCAGGUGAAAGCUCUUACUCCAGAACCGACAGAUACUGCAAAGGUUCCACAAGAAGAUUUGGAUCCGUUUGAUACAUCUUUUGCCAGCGAUCUUAACCCAGGGCGCACAGAGCUGAAUAUGAAUGAGCCGGCGGCGCCAGUUUCCGCUGAUGUGCUUAAUCCGUUUAUGAUGUCAGAAGCAGAAUCAGAUGCAUUCACAGGAGACAAUCCUUUUGCAACGAGCAACCCGUUUUCAGAUUUCGGUGGUAGCUAUGAGCCUCCAGUAGGUGAUGCCGUGCCAGUUGAUAUAUUCAGCAGCACAGCACCUAAUGACAUUGGCGCUAAGCAAUUUGAAGAUUUUGCUACAGAUUCAACGUCUCCUUUUGAUAUGUUCGGAACUCAGGAUAUGAAGGACAGCGAACGUCUUAUCAAACCUACUGAACUAGAUCUCGUUACAACAACAGCUGAUAAUAGUUAUUCUGUUGUUGAAGAUGCUCAAGGUCCCGCAAUUCCUGCACGUCCACUGCCACCAGAGACACAGAACUUAAUUUUGAGUGUCACAGGGCAUAUGGAAUUUGCCAGUUCACAUCUUUUGGAUCGCAUUCCACCGACACGGACUCCGAGCCCAGUUUCAGUGAGAGAUAUUCAUUCUGCAUGCCCAACCCCUGAGCCAGAGGUUCCAGAAGCACCGGAAGAGGCAAUAGCUGCCGAAGCGUUUGACAUCAAUAGGAACAAGCCUGCGCGGCCACCGCCAGCUCGGCCGCCCCCCGCCGCGCGCCCUCCCCCGCCGCGCCCAGCACCGCCGCCCGUACCGGUUAAACCGAUAUCGCAACCGCAGCCUUCUGAUGAUAUCAAUUUAUUUGAUGCACCGAUCCCUGCAGUGGUUAAGCCAACAAAAGAGGCUAUUAUGAGUUUGUAUUCGGCGCCUAAACAAGAGGAAAAGCAGGUAGAUUUUCUGAGCGAUGACAUCUUAGAAACUAUUCCUCAGCAUGAUGUCAGCAACGAAUUACAACUUCAGGGGUUAAGUAAUCCUGAGCCAACGCCAGUUAUAAGUCAGACAAAUGAUCAUUUAACUGACGAACCGGUAGUCAGUGCAUCAACACCUAUUACCUUCGAUACAGCACCAAAGGAUGCGCCGUUUGCCACUGCAACAGAUAAUGUAGUGAUGGAUUUCACAACACCAAUGGAUUGCUCAGAGCCACCAUCAGAUACAAAUGUUCUAUCAAAUACUUCUCCAUUUGCGGACGCUGUAAAUGACAAUGUCGAAAUUCGUCGGCCAAGCACCAGUGAAAAAAAUCCUUUUGAGGAUAUAGGGUUCACAGAAGUUACUAGUGCAUCGACUACAUUCACCGAUACCGCCUCAAAUAUAUUUGGUGUGAAUAACGAAGAAACGAAUAAGCAAAACAAUGUCAUAUCGGCAGUAACGCCAAAUGAUAUGUUUUCUACAAUGCCUACGGAGGAACCUCAGGCUUUGCAACCCGACGUGUUUACGUCCCCAUCAGCGGACGCUUUUGGAAGCACUCAACAAUCGCAAUUGGUUGAUGAUCCAUUCAUGAGUAACGACACUCAGGCAGUCGACCCUGGAUGGGGUGACAUAUCGUCUGAAAACAUGAUGCAUGAUCCCUUCCCAGAAUCUCAAGACGCAUUUGACGCCUUCUCAGCAAAGUUCGAUUCUACGGCAGCUAAUCAUGCAAACACAGGUGCAUGGGGUGAUGAGGGUGCAGCGGAGGCGAUCACUGACGGGUUUGAAGCGGAAGCGUUUGAUCCGUUCUUGAGUAUGGCUGCGCCGCCACCGCCAGCCGCCACGCCGCGACUCGAUCACCAGGGAUCGCGUGAAUCAACGGAUGAUACUUUCUCUGUCUUCAUAAGACCAAAAGAAAGCGACGCGAGUGCCGAAGAAGCAGCAGUUCCUGUAUUGGCACCACCUCCGCGACCUCAAGCUCUACCCGAGUCACCGCGUGUCAACCCAUUCGACAAGAGCGGCUUUGAGGCACAACAGCCACCUCAGCAACAGUUUCAAGAAGACACGCGCCGGCACUCAGGCAGCGGGGGUGAGACGCCUCCGACGCCACUUUUCGAUGAAGAUGUGUCGAUGCCAUUGGAAGACUUCCCGCGCACCACCUAUAAGGGCCCUGGCUGGGAGAUGCAGCUGCGCCAGCCCAAUAAAAAGAAAAUCACUGGACAGAGGUUCUGGAAGACGAUCUUCGUGCGGCUGGCGUGGCAGGGCGACAGCCCGGUGGUGCAGCUGUUCAACGCGGCCGGCGACAAGGAGCCGUUCCAGGAGCUGCCGCUGCAGGCGUGCUACUCCGUCUCGGAGAUCGGCGCGCAGCAGUACGACCAGUACGGAAAAAUCUUCACCGUGAAGCUGCAAUACGUCUUCUAUAAGGAACGCCCUGGUGUCAGACCGGGGCAGGUGACAAAAGCAGAGCGCAUCACUAACAAGCUGUCGCAGUUCGCCGCGUACGCCAUCCAGGGCGACUACCAGGGCGUCAAGGAGUUCGGCAGCGACCUGCGCAAAUUGGGGCUGCCCGUCGAGCAUGCUCCGCAGGUGUCGCAGCUGUUCAAGCUGGGGUCGCUGAACUACGAGGACGUAAAGCAGUUCUCGUGCUGCGUGGAGGAGGCGCUGUUCCGUCUCGCUGCGCACCGUGACCGCGCGCUCACCUAUAAAAUGGAAGAGGUACUUACAUUUUCCUGA